AAUAAUAUCAUGAGUUUGUCAGUGUCUUAUACUCUCUCAUCUUGAUCAGUCAAUAAAGAUUCAGAGAUUUUCUGUCUUCUUCCUCUCAUGGCUAUCAACAAGUUUUUGCUCUUCGCUUUGACUUUCCAGCUUCUCCUUAUACUUCAUGUUUCAUCUGAAUCCUCUCUGAUCACCCCGAAGAAGUUCCUUGAGCUCGCCAAGAGUCCGGAAGUUUUCGAUUGGAUGGUUAGAAUCAGAAGGAAACUCCACGAGAAUCCGGAGCUGGGGUUCGAGGAGUUCGAGACAAGUAAACUCAUCAGGUCGGAGCUGGACCUCUUGGGAGUUAAGUUCAGGUAUCCAGUCGCUGUCACCGGCGUUGUUGGUUAUAUCGGCACGGGAGAAGCGCCUUUUGUCGCGCUUAGAGCUGAUAUGGAUGCGUUACCUAUGCAGGAAGCUGUGGAAUGGGAGCACAAGAGCAAAGUUCCUGGUAAAAUGCACGCUUGUGGACACGAUGGUCACGUUGCUAUGCUUCUUGGUGCUGCCAAAAUGCUUCAAGAACAUCGCCACGACUUGCAGGGAACUGUGGUGCUUAUCUUCCAGCCAGCUGAAGAAGUUUUCGCCGGAGCAAAGAAGAUGAUAGAAGAAGGAGCUUUAAAGCACGUCGAAGCCAUUUUCGGGAUUCAUCUUGCCAACUGGAUUCCCCUUGGCAAAACCGCUUCACUUGCAGGUUCCAUACUUGCUGGAUCUGGCUUCUUCGAGGCUGUAAUAACUGGUAAAGGAGGUCAUGCCGCCAUCCCACAACAUACCAUAGAUCCAGUCAUUGCAGCUUCAAGCGUUGUCCUAAGUCUUCAACAUCUUGUUUCACGUGAAACUGAUCCUUUGGACUCAAAGGUGGUUACAGUUUCUAAGGUUCAUGGAGGAGGAACUCUCCGAGCCUUUAAAGGAUUUUCUCAGCUUCAACAAAGAGUCAAAGAGGUUAUAACCAUGCAAGCAACAGUUAACAGGUGCAAUGCAUCAGUGAAUCUAACACCAGAAGGUAAAGAAUCAGUCCCACCAACAGUGAACGAUAUGAACUUACACAAGCAGUUCAAGAACAUGGUGAAAGAUUUGUUGGGUGAAGAGUCCUUUGUAGAAGCAUCGCCUCUUAUGGGAGGAGAAGACUUCUCAAACUUUGCAGAAGCAAUCCCUGGCCAUUUCUCCUUCCUUGGAAUGCAAGAUGACACAAAAAGUUAUGCGUCUUUUCAUUCAUCGCUCUAUAGAGUCAACGAAGAUGCGCUUCCGUACGGUGCUGCAAUCCAUGCAUCGAUGGCCGUACAAUACCUCAGAGACUCAAACAAAGGCUCUCGUGACGAACUCUGA